AUGAACAUGGACAAGGAAACAGAGCAAACCCUAAAUUACUUACCUUUGGGUCAGAGCGAUCCCUUUGGCAAUGUCAACGAAGGAACGAUCGGCGAUUUCCUCGGCAGAUUCUGCAACCCUCAAGAGAUUUCUCCGUUAGCUCUACAAUCAUUCAACCCCCAGAUCCCCGAGAAUUUCCCGGUUUCCGGUGGAGGAAUCCGAUUCCCGCCGUAUCCAGGACAAUUCGGAUCCGAUCGGGAAUUCGGAGCUCUCGGGUCGCAGCAAACAGCACAGGAGAGCAACAAAAGCUCGUUGCUUGAUCCAGAUUCAGUUUCCGAUCGAGCUCACCAAACCACGAAAUCCAACUCCAGGAAGAGGAAAUCGAUAACAAACGGAAACGGCAAGGAAUCUCCAGCUUCGUCGUCUCUCACAGCUUCCAAUUCCAAGAUUUCAGGGGAGAAUGGUGGAUCCAAGGCAGGGAAGAGAAGCAAGCAGGAGGAAGCUGGGAGCAGUAAGAACGGAGCAGAGAAAUGCGAUAGCAAAGGCGAGAAUAAGGACGAUGCAAAGGCGCCUGAGCCGCUUAAAGAUUACAUUCAUGUUAGAGCAAGAAGGGGUCAAGCAACGGAUAGCCACAGUCUUGCUGAAAGAGCAAGAAGAGAGAAGAUCAGCGAGAGAAUGACGUUGCUUCAGGAUCUUGUUCCUGGUUGCAACCGGAUUACAGGGAAAGCGGUUAUGCUUGAUGAGAUUAUAAACUAUGUGCAGUCCUUGCAGAGACAAGUCGAGUUCUUGUCCAUGAAGCUGGCUACUAUAAAUCCAAGGAUGGAGUUUAAUGCUAAUGCUGCUUUAUCCUCAGAGAUGAACCAACAGGGGGAGUCAUUAACGCAGUCUCUUUACGCAAUAGCUUGCUCAGAGCAAAGACUACCAUCAGGAUACUAUUCUCUUGGCAAGAACAUGCCCAGAUAUUCAGAAUCACAAUUCCCCUCCAGCGAUGGAUUUGCUCAAGCUGAGACUCCGGGAUUCUGGGAAAAUGACUUGCAAAGCAUUGUUCAGAUGGGUUUUGGAGAUAUUCAGCAACAGAGCAACAACAACUGUUCUGAGCCAACACUUCAGAUGAAGCUUGAGCCUUAA